AUGAAGAUCGGAGACCUCGCCGCUGCCUCGUCAACCGCGAUCGACACCAUCCGCUACUACGAGCGCGAGGGCCUGUUGCCCGCACCGGGGCGCACGCAGGGGGGCUUUCGGGUCUACGAGCCGGCGCACCUGGAGCGGCUGCAGUUCAUCCGGUUCUGCCGCGGGCUGGACAUGUCGCUGGACGAGGUGCGCGUGCUGCUGCGGGUGAAGGACGAGCCGGCGGGUGAUUGCGGCGACGUCAACGCGCUGCUCGACGCGCACAUCGGCCAUGUGUCCCGCCGCAUCAAGGAGCUGCGGGCGCUGGAGAAGCAGCUGCGCGACCUGCGCCAGCGCUGUGGCGAGGCGCAGCGGGCUGACCAGUGCGGCAUCCUCAGCGGCAUGGCGUCGGCGGCGCAGGAAUCGCCCGCGGCGGCUCCGUCGGGCGGGCACCUGCGCUCGGUGCACUCCCACUGA